CUUUGUAAUCUGAUAAAUCAAUGUGAGGUCACUGUCCAAGGAAAGGCUCCCUAAAAUGCUGGGGGCUGCAGACUCUUCCUGGUGACAGUGGGAGUGUCCCCAAAUGGGUAUCUCGCCAGAGCUUCAAAGCAUGAUGUGGUCUGGAGAGUGUUUGCAGGUCUGACAUCAUCUCCACCGUCGAGUUCAACCACACCGGGGAGCUGCUGGCCACGGGCGACAAGGGCGGCCGGGUGGUCAUCUUCCAGCGGGAACCGGAGAGCAAGAAUGGGCCCCACAGCCAGGGGGAGUACGACGUGUACAGCACGUUCCAGAGCCACGAGCCCGAGUUCGACUAUCUCAAGAGCCUGGAGAUCGAGGAGAAGAUCAACAAGAUCAAAUGGCUCCCCCAGCAGAACGCCGCUCACUCCCUGCUGUCCACCAACGAUAAGACCAUCAAGCUCUGGAAGGUCACGGAGCGAGAUAAGCGGCCGGAGGGCUACAACCUGAAGGACGAGGAGGGCAGGCUCAAGGACCUGUCCACCGUCACGUCUCUGCAGGUGCCGGUGCUGAAGCCAAUGGACCUGAUGGUGGAGGUAAGCCCCCGCCGCGUCUUCGGCAACGGCCACACUUACCACAUCAACUCCAUCUCGGUCAACAGCGACUGCGAGACGUACAUGUCAGCCGACGACCUGCGCAUCAACCUGUGGCACCUGGCCGUCACCGACCGCAGCUUCAACAUCGUGGACAUCAAGCCGGCCAACAUGGAGGAGCUGACGGAGGUGAUCACGGCCGCCGAGUUCCACCCGCUGCAUUGCAACCUCUUCGUCUACAGCAGCAGCAAGGGCUCCCUGCGGCUGUGCGACAUGCGCGCGGCGGCCCUGUGCGACAAGCAUGCCAAGCUCUUUGAGGAGCCCGAAGACCCCGGCAACCGCUCGUUCUUCUCGGAGAUCAUCUCCUCCGUGUCGGACGUGAAGUUCAGCCGCAGCGGCCGCUUCAUGCUGACCCGGGAUUACCUCACGGUGAAGGUCUGGGACCUCAACAUGGAGGCCAGGCCCAUCGAGACCUACCAGGUCCACGACUAUCUUCGCAGCAAGCUUUGCUCGCUCUAUGAGAACGACUGCAUCUUCGACAAGUUCGAGUGCACCUGGAACGGGAGCGACAGCGUCAUCAUGACCGGGGCCUACAACAACUUCUUCCGCAUGUUCGACCGCAACACCAAGCGGGAUGUGACGCUGGAGGCCUCGCGUGAGAGCAGCAAGCCGAGGGCCGUGCUGAAGCCCCGGCGAGUGUGCGUGGGGGCCAAGCGCCGGCGGGACGACAUCAGCGUGGACAGCCUGGACUUCACCAAGAAGAUUCUGCACACGGCCUGGCACCCGGCCGAGAACAUCAUCGCCAUUGCCGCCACCAACAACCUCUACAUCUUCCAGGACAAGGUCAACUCAGAGAUGCACUGAGCCCCCGGCCGGCCAGGGGACAACGGGGGCACUCGGGGCCCGGCCCCUCAGCGCCCCAGACGCCCACUCAGGG